CCUCCUCUCCCGCCUCGCACUCACUCGUGCCAAGCCCAGGUGAUUAUCCAUCCGCCCCCCGUUAUCCGUUACCCCCCUCCUCCUCCUCCUCCUCCUCCUCCUCGUCUCCUCGGUACCGACAGACCGACAAAUCCCUCCCGGUGCUCCUCUCCCUCUUCCUCUCCCCCCACUCUCUCCUUCCCGCCAGCCAUGAUCCGUGGCGGGCUAAUUCCCAGACGGUCUUCUUCUCCUUCCUCCUCCUCUCCUCCUCCUCCUCCUCCUCCUCCUCCUCUUCCUCCUCCUCGCGGGCCCGAGAAAAGUGUGUUGGCCGUUCUGAUCUGAACGCUCGCUGCAGGUCUUUGUGAGUGUGAAUGAGUGUGUGAGUGUAUGAGGUCAUGUCGGGCAUGACGAGUGGCGUGUGUGUGGAGAGCGAUCUCUCCUCGAUGCUCCAGAGAAGCUCCGCCCCCUCCCACCAUCACCCGAAUCACCAUGGAUAUGGUGCACAGGGACAGGUGUCCAGUCUGGCACCAAUGUUGGACUACACCUCUGAGAUGGACCGGUACCGCUCCUCCAUCGCCAACUUCUACAAAACUAAUGUCAACAUGAACAUGAACGUCACAAACUUUCCUCAGUCCGCAAAACUGGCGGCCCGUUUGGCGGCCGCAGCCCCUAUUUUCCCUCCUGCUGCUGCCAGGCUGGGUGCCAUGGCGACAGCUCCCUGGGGUUGCCACGACAACAUGAACAUGAAUAUGAACAUGAAUAUGAACCAUCCAGCGGCCAUGUUCUGGGGCCGGCCCAAACCUCACCAUCAUCACCAUCCGUCGCCAGCAGGUCACAUGACCUCCUCACACCCCCACAGUACCAGCAUGCACCAGGGCAACGGGGGUGCAGGAGGAAGUGGAGGUGGUGGGAGUGGCGAAGGAGGUGGAGGUGAAAAACACGCCACACCUUCACUUCCUGUCACACAGGGCACACACCAUCACCCCAUGGCGCCUAGCAACGGGAACUUCCUUCCUGGUUACAGUGGUGGGGCUGACUGCAGUGUCAUAAACAAGCAGGGACACGCCCACCCGGACAUGAUGAGCCUAUCAGAAGGCAGCAGUUGCAAUGGGGGAGGGGUGAUGGGCGGUGGCUUUCUGGGGGGGCUUGGACUACCCCCUGGGGUCAUUGUCAUGGCAAUGGGGUCAGCAGACACUGGCAGCGCCUUCCAGAUGACGGGUGGGCAGCGGGCACUAACGGACUGCCAACAGCACACAAACUCCUCCCCUUGCCCCUCCUCCUCCUCGCCCUCGUCAUCGGGGGUGGCAGCAGGGGGUGUGGCCUUGUCGUCAUCCUCGUCAUCAUCAUCAGGGGCGGUGGCUAAGAGGAAGAGGAAGCGAUGCGGCGUGUGCGGUCCAUGCAGACGUCUCAUCAACUGCGGCGUCUGCUCAUCCUGCCGCAACAGGAAGACGGGUCACCAGAUCUGCAAGUUCAGGAAGUGUGAGGAGUUAAAGAAGAAACCAGGUGGAGGAGGGGGAGUGGCACUGGAGCGUCCUCCUUCUGUUCCGUCUGGCGAAGCUUUCCGCUGGUUCUUCUAGCGUUCUCCACCAACAGGAAGUGUCCAACACAUGCAGACUGGAUAUAUUCUAAAAAAACACUGCAGCGUGGAUGACUGUUUAGGACUACAAAUCCCACCUCAAUUGCAACAACAAUAGCUGAGAGAACAGAGGAAAAGGAGACAGUUUGGUCACAGUCAAUAGUUUACCAUGUUGUGUGAUGCCAUAGUUGCAUGUUUUUCCUGAAUCUGUUCACACAUAAGUAAAAAUGCACACAGGUAAUACAAGCCACAGCUACCUAUGUCUGUCCUGUACGUUUUGGUUGGUUUGUGACCUACCUUACCUUUUUUUUUUGGUCCAAAACAAAAGUAUUAUCACAACAAAAGUCUGACACAUCAAAUAACGGUUGAUUUUUUUUCAGACAUCUUUCUAUAACCUUUAGUUCACCUAGUGAUUGACAAAAUAAUUCCUGUCUUUGCUCCUUCAAAAAUCUUGGGGGUACUUAUUUUAAUUGGUCAGUAUACCAUAUGGAUUAUGAUGCCAAGGAACUAUUUCAGUGAAAAUUGAUGAGAAAAAGACAAUUAUUAGUGGUCCAGUAUUAGCAGAUCUAUAUUGAACCAGUUGAGUGUUUGCACUGACACUAUCAACAAACGUGCCUUUAAAAGGCGUUCAGAUCUUCCCAUUUCUUCAAACCCAAUAAGAACGAGAACUUGUAGGACAAAUCUUGUAAAAACAAUUGUGAAAUUUUAAACAGGUUAACAUUUGAAUGUCCUAUAAUUCAUGGAACUCUAACCCUAGACUUAAUACAAGAGUUGUAAGACCAGUUUGCAUGUAUUAGACUUCAUUGUAAAAGGGAACAUAUUCUGUAAUGUGUGUUUAAUAUGUGGUUGAAACGAGCUGCAUCAGUUCAAACAUGACUCAAAUAUAACCCUAAAACUGAUCUCUUAUCCUAAACUUAAUAUUCAUGGUGACUGUUAAAGCCUUUAAAAGCUUGAAUUAUGUUUUAUUGGCUGCUUCUUUUAUAUUACGACUUACAGAUUUUAAACAGUAGUAAUGUAAUGUUUUUGUUUUUUUGUUUUUUUUUAUAUUAUGUCAUGUCCUUAUAUCCAAACUGCACAUUGCACAAAUUUAGUCUCAUCAGUUUUGUGUUAAAAAAUGUCAAAUUGAUAGUUGUUCAAUCGAUAAACUGCAGGAAUGGUUUAUGUGAAAAUGGGAAAAAAAAGUUUGGAAUACAAUUAUGCCUUAACAUAUUAUGUUGACAUCUUAAAAUUAAUAAAGCAGCCACAAAAAUAAAACAAUAAAUACAGAAAAAAACUGAAACAAGUCAGACCAGACGUGUAAAAAUGGAGUUUAAACUAGCGUUGAAGGUGGAGAGAGCCAAGGUUAUGAAGGUUGUGGUGCAGAGAAACCGGCAGCUCUAUUAGUACUUAGUUUUAGAAAGUUGCGUGAUACUACAACUUCCGAUAAUCAAUCUGAAAGGGAAGAGGGUGGAAAUGUGGAAGUAGUAGUGGACACACACAGGUAGGUUUUACAUCUGUAGCAGUGAAAUUGAUGAGCCUAGUCCCUCAAAAUACAGCAGAAAGGUAGAAGAUGGAAAAAAAAUCAGGGAGCCAAGACAGAGCCCAGGGUAACUACCACUAGUGACUUAAUAUAGCUGUGAUCUCCAAUUUUUAAGUCGAUUCUGUGCAGGACAUGCAAACUUCGCAGGUCCGUACUUGAGCGUACAGUGUUAGUAUAUUCAAAUGGUGUUUCUCCUUCUGGUCUUUGCACUAUUUAUGUUAUUGAAAUCUAUGUAUAAGUUCGGAAGUAUAGAGGUGACAAAACUGAGACUAAACAGACUGAUUGGAAAACCUAACAGUUGCUAAAGGCUCCUAUGUGAGGUCAUUAAACUGUCGAUGCUCCGUGUCUUUAACCCUCACAACUCUGUCGUCCCCUCCACUGGCGACCCCCCCUCUUUUUCCAUCUGUGAUCAAACAGUCUCCUCCUCCUCCACCUUCUUCCUCGUUCUCUCAGUGAAUUAAACGCAUCGUAGCCAAACGGGGAGAUUCAGGAAACGAUUCCACCUCAAAGGACAAACUUCGGCGUAUAAGGACUACAAAGUGACCUCACUACGAAGGGAGUCAGGACUGUUACAAAGGACUACACCUUCACCACAGUAGGACUACAAUUACCACAUCACUGUUACCUGUCUUCUGUCUACCUCCUCCUCAAGAAGCUAAAAGGCACCUUUACUGAUUUUUACCGGGUUGUGCUCGUGCUGGUACAAAACAAUCUGCUUCUGAACUCUGAAAGUGGUCCAAAUUUCUUAUAUAUUUUUGUCCAAAAUGCACUUAAACAUCUCCAGUCUUUUUAUUUGCUAAUGGAAAGUUCUCAGGGUGCAGUCACAAUUCCAUUUUUAUUUGGAAAAAAAUUACUUUUGCAGCAAUUGAAGGUUUGUAAUUAGUCUUAAAGGGAGUUUAAAUAAAUAUGGAUUCUAAACAUAGACUGUAGACAAAGACAUCAAUACUAGUUCCUGAUGUGGUAAACUACCAACACAACAUUACAGUUAUAAGAGCCGCCAUCUUCUUUCUGUGACAUAUUUGCAAUCAGCUGACUGUCUAAUUUGUCUGUUCUGAUGUCUCUGAUGAUGACUUGAUGGGAUGAUCAAUUCUUUGUAAAUUUCUUUGCUAGAUGUGGCGCUUUUUAAGACCCCCUGGAUAGACCAGAUCUGCCGGAAGGACGCUCUGUUAUGUGAUUAUUCAACAGUAGGGACUUAAAUAUAGUUGACAGAGAAAUUUGUUUGUUUUUCAGAUGAAGAGCAGUUAAGCAGUAAUGUUUAAUGUUUUAUUACACAUUAAACUGUAUGUAAAACACCAAAAAUUAACAGUUGAAUUAGAAACUAUUGUUUUUUUUUGUUUGUUUUGUUUUUAUUCUAACUCCUUUUUCAGAGCAAAAAUACAAAAUUUUUACCACUUUUCUUAAAUUCAUUUUGAUUAUUUACAUGUCUAGGCUACUGGUUGGACAAAACAGUAUUGUAAAGGAGGGGAUGUGACCUCUGAGACUACGAUGUGCCAUUUCUUUUAGGUUGCACAGAGAUCUGCUGAACCAUUUGUGCUGUAAAAUCCCAUUUCACAGUUUUGUGCUACUUCUUCCGUCUACUUGGCAGCAAACCAGAGAAGACAGAACAUUCAGCGACUGCGUUAAGUGCACAGUGGAUCCAUAUGUUUAUAUUGUUUUGACAUUUAACUAGUGUGCCAGCUUUUCCAAUACACAGCGCGUCAUCAGUUGAUUGACAGCGUAACAACCAAUCACAGUGCAGUAUGGUGUCCUUCUGGCGGAUCUAGCAACGACCUUUUCAAAAAGAAGCAGCUAGCUAUGAACAAUAUUUUGGGGAAAUAUCAGGUCCAUUCAGAGAGUCUGUCUAUAAAGAUCACUGUAUGAAACUAGUUAGUCGAAUGUAAAAUUGAAGCAAAGUUAGGGAUGUUACCAUGUUUUCAAUCAGUCUAGACAUAAGCACAUGGCGUCAUCCAUCCAAUUAAUUUCUUCCCACAUACUGUCAUUCAGCUAAAGUUCUAACCUACACUGCACCCAGCCACCGAGGGGCAAAACACAUAUAAUGGCUUCACCUCAUUCAGUCAAUGUUUGUGUUAAAUAAUUGGAAUAGAGCAGUGGCUUAUUUAAUUGGCAACUCCACCAGUUACACCUGAAUGUAUAUACUGAUCAGUCCCUGGCCCCAUUACUUUUGCGGGAAGCCCCUCCUUUAUUUUGUUAACUCAAUUAGUCAGUGAGCUGCUAACUAAUAAAUUAAUCACCAACAGCUGAUAAUUAAUUGAUUUGAAUUUUUUUUAAAGAAAGUGGUCAAAUUAAAUCAAUUCUCUACUUCCAGCUUCUUAAAUGUGAUUAUUUUUUGGGUUUAUUUGCUCCUCUGCGACAGUAAACUAAAUAUCUUUGAAUUAUGGGACAAAUAAGUGAGCAAUCAGUGUUUUGCGAGUUUUGCCAAACACUGAUUGACAUUUUUUUAAUCAUUGUAAAACAUUUUACAGAACAAAUAAAUAAUUUAGAAAAUAACUGAGAAUAAAAAUAGCUGCAGUCAUAUCGUGCAAUGGCGUCAUGCCAAGUGGCAACUUCUUGUGCAGCUUUUAGCUACUUUCCACUGAAAAUAGCUGGCAAUGCUUUUUAUACAAGGUCUAUGUCACCUCCAGCCCUAAACAUGGAGUUCCAAGUUCUGUCACGAGCAGACCAUCAGAUGGACCUCAAAGAGAGUUCAGAAUCAGCCUCUGUGUUCUGCUACUGCUGCAGAUUGUACCACAUGGUGAUAAAAGGGAAGUGAACUGGAGAAUCUGUCUGCAAUUCAAAUGCAGCGAAGGAACUCUCAUGGAACUUUUGGAUCUUUUGGAGAAGCUCUGCAGUUCUGAGCUGAUCUGGAACAGUACACAACAUUCCACCUUAAAAGAAACAUCUUAUUUCCAACACGUCUGUACACCUGAUGCACAUCAGUUUGUAACCACAAUGAACCGCAAUGUUUUUUAAAGGUACAAUUUGUAAGAUGAAAAUUGAAUAAUCAACUCAUCACAUUAUCAACAGAGGGAAGUAGUACAUCACUAUAGGCUGCAGUUAGCUCCCUUUACAUUCUAUCAGCUACAGAUUAAAAAAAAAGCUUUGCAAGUGCAGCAUCAAAUGCUGCCUUGAAGCAAGUUCACUCAUUUUGCUUCUAUUUUUAGCACGGGAUGUGAUUUUCUGUUGCUAAAGGUGAUAUAGUGAUCAGCUAAUUUCUGGCUAUCCAAUUAGCAUGCAAAGGACAGGAACCAGUGCCAAAACCUGUGACUAAUUGUUCAAUUUUACAGUUUGAUUGUUAUGUUUUUAAAAAAUAUCCAUAAAUGUUGCUCUUGAUCUGAUGAUGGCUCCAACCCAUAUCAGAACAGUCUUCAAGUAAACACCCAGUUAAGGAUUCAAAGCCAGUUAGCAUGACAACCCCAUUAGAUACCUUUCACAGGCAUCUUUACUGUUUGUAAUUUGAAAUGGUUUCAAUAUUUUGGAAAUGUAUAAAAUUAUAGAUAGCCUCUUUCAAACUCCAAUAUGUAACACAUUUAAGAAGUUCACAUGUAUUAGUCAUUGUUACGUAUUAGAAUACACCUUAAUGAUUGUUUUAUGCUGGGAGCCACUUGCCAACCCAAUAUUCAAAUAUUAUCAAAAUGCCCUAUCAAUAUAUUGUUGAAAAAAAAAAAUUAAAAAUAAAAAUCAUUAGCAAGUGCAAUCAUAGCUAAACUUGGUAAAUUGCUAUUAAAUCAGUACUGUAGUAGUAUACUUAAGUUAACUUCCGUAUUAACGCAGCACUUAAGUAAUUUAUUUCUAUUUUGAAGAAUGCAAAAGUUUUGUUUAGUAUUACUGUUACAGCUGCAGAAAGAAAGAUUAAUGCAAACUUUGGUAUCUGACUCAUUUACAAAGAAUAAAACCAUGUUACAAUGUAUUACAACUACAAUUCCCAUGAUGCAUUUCAGUCAACAUCAAAUCAAACAGUAGCUUCAUGUAUGAGGCAUCCUUUUAAGGCACUAGCAGCUAAGGCUCAUGGUUAUUGUAGUCCUUAGAGUCAAAAUAGAAUUUUGCAUGACACUCCCCUAACAUUGCCAGAGUGCUUUAUUGUACUUUAUUGAGGUUUACAAUAUGGUUUUGAAAUAUUACAUAUGUUUAAAUGGCAUGAAUGUUGCAUAUUGUACCUUUAAAAGAAAAACAUAAGAAAUUGCCCAUUUAAGGUUGUCAUAAAAGCAGCAAAGCAGCUCCUCCUGCUACUGCAAACACUCUAAAUGUGGAGCAAUCCGCCAGUGAAAAUAGUCCCCAAUAAAGUGACGGUUUUCUCUAGUUUAAGUGUACAGCACAAACCAGAUUCCAAUGACAUCCUUUGUAUUUAACAAACUAUUCGUUUUUCCUUCGUCGUUUUCUGUUUGUGCAGACUAAACCUUUCAGGCUUUGUGUAGAAAUCACAGACGUGUUGGAAAUUACAACUGAUUUUUUCCUGUUUUUUUUUUGUUUGUUUUUUUCGUUUUAUAUUUUUGUUUUUUCCCUGAGUAUCAUGAGGAAAAUGUUCCCCUGUCUCUUUGUGGGAACUAAAACCAAAUGUCCCUUUCUUCCCCAUUGUGGGUGAAGAGGAGGAAGGGGUGCAUUUGCUUUGUGUGUCUGCCCUCCCCCUCAUGUAUUCUGUCUCUGUGACCUCCUCAUGUGCUGAAUUAUAAUAAAGCAUUUCAAAGAUGA